GAACCGCGCCGGCUCCGAGCAGCCCUGCCCGCCGCACGGGCGGAACGGCGGCGGCGGGGCCCGCGUUGCCGCAGGGGCGCUGUAGGGACGGACCGGGCGGGAGCAGCGCCGCCAUGGCCGCCCGCGUUCUGAACGUGAACGUGGGAGUGCUGGGCCACAUCGACAGCGGCAAGACGGCGCUGGCGCGGGCGCUCAGCACCACCGGCUCCACCGCCGCCUUCGACCGGGCGCCGCAGAGCCGCGCGCGGGGCAUCACGCUGGACCUGGGCUUCUCCUGCCUGCGCACCGCGCUGCCGCCGCAGCUCGGCCCGGGGCCCGGCGAGCUGCAGCUCACGCUGGUGGACUGCCCGGGGCACGCCUCCCUCAUCCGCACCAUCAUCGGCGGUGCCCAGAUUAUCGAUUUAAUGAUGCUUGUGAUAGAUGUGACAAAAGGGAUGCAGACACAGUCAGCAGAGUGCUUGGUAAUUGGGCAAAUUGCCUGCCAGAAGAUGGUGGUAGUCCUGAACAAAAUAGAUCUCCUUCCAGAGGGGAAGAGACAGAGUGCCAUUGAGAAGAUGACUAAGAAAAUGCAGAAGACCUUGGAAAAUACCAAAUUCUCAGGGUGUCCUAUUGUUGCUGUUGCAGCAAAGCCUGGUGGACCAGAAGCCCCAGAGUCUGAGAAUCCACAGGGUAUUUCUGAAUUAAUCGAGGUCUUGAAGUCUCAGGCUUACCUGCCAUCAAGAGACCCCUCAGGACACUUCCUUAUGGCAGUUGACCACUGUUUCUCUAUCAAGGGUCAAGGCACAGUGAUGACAGGGACCAUUCUUUCUGGCUCUGUUAGCCUUGGUGACAAUGUGGAGAUUCCUGCCCUGAAGGUGACAAAGAAGGUCAAGUCCAUGCAGAUGUUCCAUACUCCUGUGACUUAUGCAAUGCAGGGUGACAGAGUAGGUGUCUGUGUGACCCAGUUUGAUCCCAAGCUGCUGGAACGAGGCCUGAUUUGCACCCCAGAUUCACUUCACACCAUCCACGCUGCCAUCAUUUCCCUGAAGAAAAUUCAGUAUUUUCGAGGAGCUCUUCAGACUAAGGCCAAGUUCCACAUCACAGUCGGUCAUGAGACAGUUAUGGGAAGGGUGAUGUUUUUCAGUCCAGCCCCUGCUAACUUCAAUGACGAAAUUCAAGAAAAUGUGUUUGAUUUUGAAAAAGAUUAUCUUUAUCAAGAGCAAUAUUUGUCCAAGGACUCAGUUUCUUCAGAGGAGAACAAAGAAAAUGACCAGGCAGGAGAAGUGCAGCUCCCAAAACAGCAGUGGGCUUUGCUGGAGUUUGAAAAACCAGUCACUUGUCCUAAACUGUGCCUUGUGAUUGGCUCUAAGCUGGAUACAGAUAUUCAUGCCAAUACCUGCAGGCUGGCAUUCCAUGGGGUACUGCUCCAAGGCAUGGAAGACAAGAACUACACAGAGACUUUCCUUCCAAAGCUGAAAGUCUACAAACAGAAGCACAAAGAGGGACAAGUGGAAAGGGUGAUGGAUGAUUACAGUGUGAUUGGUCGUUCAUUGUUCAAAAAGGAAACAAACAUCCAGAUUUUUGUGGGUCUGAAGGUGAAACUGUCUACAGGAGAAGAUGGAAUAAUAGAUGGUGGUUUUGGACAAAGUGGUAAAUUCAAAAUCCGAAUUCCAGAUGGGCUGAAGCCAGAUACCAAGAUGCUGCUAACUGCUGCCUCCAAGAAGAAAUCUAAGGGAGGGAAGGGGGAUGUGACCAAAGAGGAUGAAAGCAGCAAGAAUGAUUCAGCCCAACCUGUUACUAUCUCACUUAUCUUUAAAAGAUAUGUUUUUGACACACAGAAGAAAAUGAUUCAGUCCUGAGGAAACAAGAGAGGCCUCUGAUUACACCUUAAAGUCCAGACCCUGAAAUGCAUUGAGGUGUAAUGUGUUUCUUGUUCAAACACAUUAGACCUGUUCCUUCCUCACAAACAGAGCCUGGAAGCUUUUCCUGACUGUGCCCCCUUCCAAAAUCUCUGCAAUCUCAGAUUGUUCUGUUCAAAUUUGCUUAUUUUGUAAUUUCUGUGGUGUGCAUCUUUAUGGCAUCUCAGAGAAUCUCACCUGCCAGAUGAGCAGCCCUGGGUGUACGUUCUAAUUGCACUGUUUUCCUGGAUAACUGUUGAAGUUUCUCUUGAUUUAGAAGUUUGGGUGUGAAUUUCAUGUGACCCACAAAGUGAAGCUGAUUAUUCUAGGCUUACUUCUUUGAGCAGAGUGGGAGAUAGAAGGCAUACUAUUUAAUAGGUGAAAGCUAAAAUGGAUGUUUCACAUUCCUUCAGUUGCAACUGUGUAAGAUGCUAUCUGAGAGAUGGUGUGGAUGUUUUUUAUAAAUACAGUUUAUAUCUAGAAAUGUUUUCCAUAUUAAACAUAAUGAUCUGUGUAGCUGAGAGUCUUAAUUGUUCUGUUUGCUGUUCCAAAGGUUCCAAAUUUAUCUUCAGUGACAUUUUAUGUAACUUUUUUUAUUUUCCUGCCUGUUCUGCAAUGAAUCCUAUUCCAAAACUGUU